AUGUCCAGCACAUGCAUAUCACUGUCGGGCUCGACCCAAUGUCCCGCAUUCAACACCUCAUCGAUAUCGACAAACUCGAGUCUCUAUACAGAUUUCCCAUUCAUGCAAUAUGUCUCCAAUUUAACACAAUUUGACCAAGAGCUAAACAGCUAUGUCAUGCAGUCCUUUGUGAGGUCAAAAUAUGUGGAUUAUCUCGGAUGUGAAGGUGCCAACCUUACUGACACCAGUGACUAUUAUGCCCGCUAUACCACAAGUGUUAUCUGCAGCAGCUUGGUCCAAAGCUCAAAGAACGACUGCAGUCUCUCCCUUCAAGACUCAAGGCCGCUUUGCGCUGAUGCUUGCGCCCAAAUGGCUGAAAGCGAAGAGGCUAUAAUUAAAGACUCCGAUCUCUGUUCCGAAAGGGCUAGCGAUUAUAUGGCCCAGAUCCGAUCCGAUUUUACUAUUUGCGCUCUUCCUGCGGACUCAAUUACUGUGAGCUGCGUCCCCGGUGCUGACAAUGAGCCGGAGAAUUGUGGAUUCCGAUCUAACCUCUUGGGACUGUGUGCGCACUGCAAAUCGAGCUCGACCAAUACUACCGAUUCUUGCUGUGAAAGUGCAGGGGCAGCUACCCGGUGCUCAAACGUAACCGUCCCAUCUUCAACGAUUACACCGAUUUUCACAUCGACGUCAACAUCCAACUCAACUGCUGGUGCCUCGGGUGGCUUAUCUGGCGGAGAGAUCGCGGGUAUUGUGAUAGGAUCGGUGGUAGGGUUUGCACUACUUGCUGUCCUCGCCGUACUUGCUUUGAUCUGCUUGCGGCGCAAGCGCAAGGCGAAGAACGAAAGUGGCCUCAACCAGCCGAACCCACAACGCAAGGGCUCCCCAUCAAUGCAACCGGCCCAGAUGAAUAAUGGUUAUGCUGCUAUUCCUGGAGGACGGGUCGCUCGAAUGUCUGCCUUGCGCGAAGCACCCAGUGCGUCACCGGCACGCUCCCGCCUCUCUGCUGCCUUAUUCGGGGGCGCGAAAUACAGUGACUCUUCCGACUCGGAAUUCGGCGCCAGCCCGGGUGCGAUGUCGAAGAAGAUCCCACCGACAACUGGCAAGCGUCACGGAUCGCUAUCCAGCAACUCAGCCUUAGCUGGUGCAGCCAGUGAUGGCUCACCUCGUUCGAUGAAGGCUGGCCAUUACUCAUCACCUGAAGGCGUGACAAGUGGACAGUCGGAGCAACUGUCUUCAUUUCAGGAUUAUUAUUCUCCGGAUGAGAUCCGCCCUGGUGACAAGGUGGCCGUGCUCUGGGCAUAUCAGCCUCGGGCGGGAGACGAAUUUGCCUUGGAUCGAGGUGAGAUGUUGAAGGUGAUUGGUAUCUGGGAUGAUGGAUGGGCCACUGGCGUUCGGAUCCCCGAAAGUGUGGAUGGUUAUGAUGCCAGGCACCGUGAGCAACGGGACAGUGGUGUCUCGAAUGGCUCACAACGACCGGUACCAUCUCCGUCUCCCAUGGGUGAGAUCAAAGCAUUUCCACUCGUUUGCGUUUGCCUUCCGCAACAUUGGCGCAAGAUCAUCGAUGGUGGGCAAGCGGACGAGGAUUGA